AUAGCGGAGGAUCAGUGGGGUGGAGGAGAGAGGAAAGCGCGAGGAGCCCCGGGUCCACACAUCACUGGAUGCGGCAGCGGCAUGUGGACGACAGACUCACCGGAGACGCGCUGACCGGUCCGGGCUCUCAGUGGAGCGCAUGACCCGCCGUGAUGGCCGGGGGACGCAGAGGACUAGUGGCUCCUCAGAACACUUUUCUGGAAAAUAUUGUCCGACGGUCUAACGUUUGGACAUUAUCACAUAGACACACAGACACGAACUUUGUGUUGGGGAAUGCUCAGAUCGUAGACUGGCCCAUCGUUUACAGCAAUGAUGGCUUUUGUAAGCUCUCCGGCUACCACCGUGCUGAAGUCAUGCAGAAAAGCAGCACUUGCAGCUUCAUGUAUGGAGAGCUCACAGACAAGGACACAAGUGAAAAAGUUCGACUAACCUUCGAAAACUAUGAGAUGAACUCGUUUGAGAUCUUGAUGUACAAGAAAAACAGAACGCCGGUAUGGUUUUUUGUGAAAAUAGCCCCUAUACGAAACGAACAGGAGAAGGUCGUACUCUUCCUGUGUACGUUUAGUGACAUCACAGCAUUCAAGCAACCAAUAGAAGAUGACUCCUCUAAAGGCUGGGGGAAGUUUGCGCGUCUGACCAGGGCUUUGACCAGCAGUAGAGGGGUCCUUCAGCAACUGCAGCCCACCGUACAUAAAGGAGAGAAUGUACAUAAACACUCGCGCCUUGCAGAGGUUCUCCAGCUGGGCUCUGAUAUUCUGCCCCAGUACAAACAAGAGACACCCAAAACCCCUCCUCACAUCAUCCUGCACUACUGUGCCUUCAAGACCACCUGGGACUGGGUGAUCCUCAUCCUCACCUUCUACACAGCCAUCAUGGUGCCCUACAACGUCUCCUUCAAGACCAAACAGAACAACGUCACCUGGCUAGUGGUGGACAGUAUAGUGGAUGUGAUCUUUCUGGUGGACAUUGUGCUGAAUUUCCACACGACGUUUGUGGGCCCGGCCGGGGAAGUCAUUUCAGACCCCAAACUGAUUCGCAUGAAUUACUUGAAAACAUGGUUUGUGAUUGACCUGUUGUCCUGUCUGCCUUAUGACGUCAUCAACGCCUUUGAGAAUGUGGAUGAGAACUGGAAUCAUCGGGCUGUCACUCAAGGUAUUAGUAGUUUGUUUAGUUCGCUGAAAGUGGUUCGGCUCUUGCGUCUUGGCCGAGUGGCUCGCAAACUGGAUCACUACAUCGAGUAUGGAGCGGCGGUUUUGGUUCUGCUGGUUUGUGUGUUUGGGUUGGCGGCCCAUUGGCUGGCCUGCAUCUGGUACAGCAUUGGAGACUAUGAGGUCAUUGAUGAGGAUCGUAACACAGUGCGUACGGACAGCUGGCUUUAUAUGCUUGCUGAGAGCAUCGGGACACCCUACCGCUUCAAUGCAAGCGGGACGGGAAGAUGGGAAGGUGGACCCACUAAAGAUACAGUCUACAUCACGUCUCUGUACUUCACCAUGACCAGCCUGACCAGUAUUGGCUUUGGGAACAUCGCUCCAACCACAGAUGGGGAGAAGAUCUUCGCCGUGGCCAUGAUGAUGAUCGGAUCUCUCCUAUAUGCCACCAUCUUUGGUAACGUGACGACAAUCUUCCAGCAAAUGUACGCCAACACCAACCGCUAUCAUGAGAUGCUGAACAGCGUGCGGGAUUUCCUCAAACUCUACCAGGUGCCCAAAGGCCUGAGCGAGAGGGUUAUGGAUUACAUUGCCUCCACCUGGUCAAUGUCCCAUGGCAUCGAUACGGAAAAGGUUCUGCAGAUCUGUCCCAAAGACAUGCGAGCUGAUAUCUGCGUGCACCUGAACAGGAAGGUCUUCAAGGAACAUCCUGCUUUUCGAUUGGCCAGUGACGGGUGUUUGCGGGCUCUGGCCAUGGAGUUUCAGACCAUCCACUGCGCACCGGGGGAUCUUAUCUACCAUGCGGGCGAAAGUGUGGACAGCCUCUGUUUUGUGGUGUCAGGGUCACUAGAGGUCAUUCAAGAUGAUGAGGUGGUCGCCAUUCUGGGUAAAGGUGAUGUGUUUGGCGAUGUGUUCUGGAAAGAAGUAACACUAGCUCAGGCGUGUGCUAACGUGAGAGCGCUAACAUACUGUGACCUGCACGUCAUCAAGCGGGACGCGCUUCAGAAAGUCCUGGAGUUCUACACGGCCUUCUCCAACCACUUCUCCAGAAACCUCCUGCUUACGUACAACCUGCGCAAACGGCUUGUGUUCAGAAAGAUCAGUGAUGUGAAGCGUGAGGAAGAGGAGAGGCUGAGGAGGAAGAACGAGGCCCCUCUGAAUCUCCCCCCAGAUCAUCCCGUUCGCCGUCUCUUCCAGCGUUUCCGCCAGCAGAAGGAAGCCCGUCUUGCUGCUGUACGGCCUAAUUCUGAAGACUCUGAUCUUGAGAAGGGUCAAAUCCACAAUGAAGUCAUCAGCCAAGAUGUGAUUGCCACCACAAGCAUCGUUACUGUGACAGAGAGUCCAGCUACACCCAUCCCAUCCCACCUCAUCAAAAACCGCACCCUAGGUCCAUUCGACCAGGCGAAGCUUAGUGCCCCUGCCCCAAAUGCCUCCCGCAUGUCUGAACCACGUGCACGAGGAUGGGCAAGGUUCAGGGAGAGCGUGGCAAAGCCUGAGAGCUGGGGAAACGUUCCUAAAGCUGAAUCCAUGGAGACUCUCCCUGAGCGGAGUAGCUCCGCAAAGACUUCAGAGCCUAGCGGACUCAAGAAGACAGACUCCUGUGAUAGCGGCAUUACCAAAAGUGACCUACGGCUGGAUGAGGGUGGUAUCCGCACCCCUGUGGACCGCAGUCCAGUCCAGCCCGAUGGAAAAUCUCCCCCAAUCCCACCCAUUCCAACCAUUCCCGAACACACGCUGCAAGCCUCGCUCUUGGAGCUCCGCACUGAACUCAAAGAAGAACUGUCGGCGCUCGGGAACCGAAUGGUUGCGCUGGAGGCGCAGGUCGCUGAGGUGCUGAGGUUGUUGCGAAACAGAAAGUCUCCAACCUCACCCAUGUCGCUCUUCCAGAUCUCACGGCCAACAUCGCCAGACACAGACAAGGAGGACAUGUUCCCUUGAAGAAAAUGAGGUAAGAAUAUUUCUUCUUGAAAAGGGAAACUAUUGAGACUUCCUCUGAGAAGAGAAGAAGAAAUGGAACCACUUCUGACAUCUGUGCCAGCAAAAAGCAUGACAGACUUUGUCUGUGUGAGAAAGAGAGAAUGAGUGAGGGAAAGGAUGGAAUAAGACACUGGAAAGGAGGAGAGGAUGUCUUAUCCCAAGGCAGAGCAUCUGCGAUACCAAAGUGAUGGCGUGUUGGUUGUCACACGGAGACUCUGUGUGGAACUGCUCCCUGUUUUAGUCCUGCGAGGCUGACAGACAGUGAGAGCUCUUGCCGCAGGGCCCACUCUGACUGAUGGUUGUCAUGGCAAUGAGCCAUCCCCAAAUGCAAGUGCGGACCCUUCAAGAUCCAACUCAUGUAGCAAGUCUUCCCCUCUCUCUUUCACUCUAUCACACACACCGCUGUUUAUGCUCUGCACUUUUUCUGGUGUGGACAUCUUUUCUGCACCGUCCUGCUGGUUAACUCACCGCCGAAUAUGAGCCUUUUUCAGGAAUCAGAGCUACGCGUCUUGCGCAGAUAUAGGGCGGUGUGGAUUUGAGCUGCUAGACGAAAGAUUGAAGAACACAAGAGUAUUCCAGAAACCACGGAAACCCUAGACAGCUUCGGUGAAUUACUUUAGACAAAUGUGUUUGUACAAUGACAAAUCAACUACUAUCCCAAGAGUUGUACACGUUACAGGAGAAACUAAUGAGCUCUGUAGGGGUUUUAUAGUGUAACAGCUGUUAAGACCCUUUUCCAUGACUUGCGUCAAUGCAUCUCUCAACAAAAUAAAAAAUAAUAUCAGACAACAGUGGUUUAACAGAUGUUUAGGAAUGUUAUCAUUGUAGGAUAUUAUUGCGUUUUUUUUUUCUACACAUAUCAGCCAACACUGAACAUUGUACAGUAUAUUUAGCUUUUUGUUUAGGUAACAUUGGCUGUCCUUUAAUGCUCACUUGAUCUUUAAAAGAACACAUAUUUAACAAGACUGUUAAUUGCAUUCUGUAGCAAAUUUUUCAAUGAUUUUUUUUCAUAGUGUCCGUUAUGUUGUGAUGCCUAACUUCACAUUUACUAUUUAUAAUAUGCUUUUUUUUUCUUUUUUUUUUGUAAUUUAUACAUAAAGCAUUUAAUAUUUAUCAUUAUCAGUUAUUAGUCAUAGUGUUUAUGGCUUAUAUCAUUAGCCAUCAGAAAAUUUACAUUGGUAUAUCCCUAUAAACAUUUUUAGCCUGGUCCAAUAUAAGAGUGAACAAAAAAGGGCAAAAGCAAAACUUUCAUUACUACAGUUAUUCUAACAUAUCUAAUAUUUUUUUCUAUAAAUAGACCAUUUCAAUGAGGUCAUGUCAUUGGCCGUGAACAUUU